AUGACAUUGAAUCCGCCAUCCCCUUCUCCGUCCAUUUUCAAGGAGAAAGAAUCACUCAGCCAGUUGUUAUCGAUAACGACGGCGGUGUCAUAUCUUUCUGCUAUUCAACGAGCAGAGUUUCGUGCUCGCACUCGCGACAACCCCCACGCGUCACCAACCCCUGCACUUUCCCUCUCCUCCUCUAUUACGAUCUCAUCCGAAGACACUGUCCUCAAUGAGGAUGAUGAAAACAACUAUCUCACGAAUCCCCAUACACCGCCCACGUCUGAGCAAGUCUUCACUACCCUUCACGCAGAGUUUGGUCACUGUGCGAAUGAAGCCUAUCGUUGUGUCUCUAAGCAUGACUACACGAAACCGUUCCAGGAACACACCAUUGAGGAACCCCCAUACUAUAUUCACCUCGCCACCUACAUAAGCUUCCUCAUUCUCCACAUGUUGGGUCAUUUGCGCGACUUCUUUGGAAAGCGUUUUAUCAAGUCUCAUUUCACCCACCUUAUGCCCCAUAAUGGUUAUGCACCGUUGAACUCAGAUUUUGAUUCCUUCUUCCCUCGACGGCUGAAGCGUCGCAUGGAUGACUGCUAUGGCCAGCCUAUCACAGGUGUCCCCGGCCGUACUGUUCUUAUCCUUGACCGUUAUUCUCCUGAUUACAACCAUACCCAGAUCUACACCGGUGGUAAGACACGCGCCCUGAACAUCUCAUCGUACAACUACCUCGCCUUUUCCCAGGGCCGCGGCAGCUGGGCGGAUGCGGUCGUGGAGAGCAUUCGUCGAUAUGGCGUUUCCAGCUGCGGCACACGUCUUGAAAGUGGGAGCAACGAUCUUCAUGUGUCCGCCGAAGCCCUUAUUGCACAUUUUUUGGGCACUGAAGACGCGUUGGUCUGCUCUAUGGGCUUCGCCACCAACUCCACUUUCAUCCCUGGACUCGCGGGGAAGGGGUCCUUGAUCAUUUCCGACGAGCUGAACCAUACUAGUAUGCGGGUCGGAAUACGCCAGAGUGGUGCGGAGAUCCGGAUAUUCAAACACAAUGAUAUGUCAAGCCUCGAGUCCCUGCUGCGUGAGGUGAUAAGCCAGGGCCAGCCCAAGACGCAUCGUGCGUGGAAGAAAAUCUUAGUCAUUGUCGAGGGCUUGUACUCCAUGGAGGGAACGCUCGUGAACCUGCCUAGGAUUGUCGAGCUGAAACAGAAGUACAAAUUCUACCUUUACAUCGAUGAGGCCCACUCGAUCGGUUCGCUCGGUUCUCGGGGACGGGGUGUGACGGACUACUUCAACGUCCCUCCCGAUUCAAUUGAUGUUCUGAUGGGUACGUUCAGCAAGGGUUUUGGUGCCGCCGGAGGAUACAUCGCAGGGUCGAAACCCCUGAUUGAUGCUCUCCGCCUGCGCAGUCACUCAGUACCACAACCCACCAAAUCCACUCUUUCCCCCAGCCUUGAUAGCUCAAUCAUCGUGCCGAACGAAAGUGCAGAGGAGCUCUCAGGAAUGGCGCCUGCAAGCAUGCUGCCGACGUGGAUAAACCUUUGUCCGUCUCUCGCGGACGGAUCUGAAGCUCGCGUGCGUAUGCGCCGCCUUGCCUUCAACUGCCGCUAUCUCCACGCGGGCCUCAAAAAACUCGGUUUUAUCGUCUACGGACAUGCCUCCAGCCCGAUUGUUCCUCUGCUUAUCUUUAACCCGGGGAAAUUGCCCGUAUUCGUGCGUAUGAUGCGUGCGCGCCCCAUACCGAUUGUUGUCGUUGUCGUAACAUACCCCGCCACUUCGUUUGAGACGGGUCGUGUGCGGCUUUGUCCUAGCGCAUCGCAUACGAAGGAGGAUAUUGAUAUCGUGUUGCGCGCGUGCGACGAGGUGGGCGGAAUUCUGGACAUGAAACACGGUUCAUGUGAGCGGUGGGGAAUUGAUGAGGUCUGUGAGCGCGCAGUGGAGCUUGCGCACUCUGUGUGA